ACAACGCUCCGCGCGCAGGAGGCCGAUGCCGAUGGACGCCUUUCAGUUCCUCUUUCUCGCCUCCCUCGUCCUCCUCCACCGGGCAAUGGGUGAUGACUCCGAGACAGAGGUGAUUGGAGCCGUGGGUGGGUCCGUCACCUUCCACAUCCACGAUCUGGCUGGAGAUGCAGCCUUCUGGCACUUUGGCAAUGUACCCAUAGUGACUGUGGAAUUCAGUGAACCUCCUGUAACCGUGUUUUCAGACAACAAAUACAAGACACGCUUGACCAUCUCGGAGCAGGGCAGGGCCCUCACCAUCUCCCAGCUCACGAUGGAGGACGCUGGGACCUACUCUGCACUGAACCCGAAGGCAAAAUCCACCUUCACCCUCCACGUGUACAGCGAGCUGGCAGAGCCCAGGGUGAGCUGCGAGGCCCAGAACUGCUCGGCCGGCGGCUGCCGCUACGGCCUGCGCUGCGCCCUGCCCGGGGCCGGGGACCAUUCCCCCGGGCUGGGGAACGUGUCCUACGGCUGGAGCGUGGGGGAGCAGCCCCGGGGAGAGGGGCCCACGGUGCUGGUGGAGGAGUCACCCCCGGAGGAGUCGGUGCCGUUGACGUGCUGGGCACGAAACCCCGUCAGCAGCCGCAACGUCACCGUCCGGCCCGCUGAGCUGUGCGCAGGCACCGACUCCAUCCCUCUGGCCGUGAUCAUCGCCCUCACGGUGACUGCAGCUGUGGCACUUUCAGCAGUCGCCUUGUUCUACUGUAGAUCCAAAGGCUGGAGGAUCUUCCAUUUGUCUGCAACUGGGGCUACAGACACAGAGGCCAGGCAGGAGCUCACGACCGUGUACGCCCAAGUCAACCACUGCCAGCAGAGCAUCUCUAACAGAACAAGAGACAACCCAAAAGGGGGAGAGACCUCCAGGACCAUCUACUCCACCGUCAAGGCUCCAGCCCAGACAGACGAUGAGAAGAUGGUCAACAGCACGCUGGGGGCCCAGGAGGCGGAUGAGAAGAGCAGCUACUCAUUGGUCAUCUGAAGGGACCUCCCCAGCACAGCUCCCACAGCUGAGCAUGGAGCUGCAGCAUCUUCCCCCUCUCCACUUCCCUCCUCAUCACAGGUCCUGCCUGGGUGCAGGGAGGGGGGCCAGGAAGGGUGUCAGCACCCAGAGGAUGUGAGAGCUGCAAGAGGAUGUCGACACCCUGCCCAAGGGGCAGCUCCGUCUGCUGCUGAGGGAGCUUCAGGAACCCUGCUCUGGGUUUUUGGUGGUGGCUGAGCUCCUUUUUUCUACCUCCUUUCACCAAAACUGCGACUGCUCGUCCUUGUGGAAAGGACCUGAGGAUUUUGGAAGCGUUUUCCCAACCGGAACGAGUUGAAAAAAAAAAAAAAACAAAGAAAACAAAAAAAACUAUCUGAGUGACACGUCCAGUCAUUCCUUAGACACCUCCAGGACUGGUGACCUCACCAGGCAGCCCCUUCCAACUGUCCGGGAAGAAGUUCCCUCCUGAUUGUUUUGUUACGUUAUUGUUUUGCUUUUUUUAAUUGUUAUUUUUAUUUUGGCUCCACUUUCAAACCCGCUCUCGGCAGCUUCUUCAUUUGCUAAAGGAAGACCUAAAAAAGAAGAAAAAAUACCCACGAAAAGCUGAACCUUCUUCCCCCCACCACAACCACAGCUGCUGCCUCCCCCACGUUUGGGGACCUUCCAGAGCUGGUGGCUGAGCCCCCCACAGCAGGUUCUGCCAUCAACCCCCCGGUGCCUCCGGAACCCUCUUCCUGCACCUGCCCCUCCUCCUGCUCUUUGCCUCGUGGUAAAUUAUUCAGGGAUGAAAAUGGAGAUGCCUUUGAAGCUGCCUGGCAUGGGAGAGCCCUCCAGGAGCUUCUGGAAUAAUAAUAGUAAUAA